UGGGGGAGAAAGAUAAGAACCCUAACUAUUGGUCCUGUAUUGUGAACCAAAACCCCCUAAAUCGGAAAGAUGAAGACGACGAAAGGAGGGAAAGUGAUGAAUCCUACUGAUGCUUACCGCAAGCAGAUCCGCAAGAGGGAGAUUAAACGUUAUGUUAAUGGAGGAUUUAACAUUAGUGCUCAGGUGGAUAAAUCUGCAUAUAAAAAAAGAACAAGAAGGAGAGGCAGAAGGUUAGAGAGGUGGGGAUUUUGAAGAAGGAUCCUGAACAAAUCAAGGAACAGAUCAGGAAGCUUGAUAUGUCUAAGGCUGAAGGUGCGCUGGACAAAGCCAGGAAACAUAAGAAGAGACAGCUUGAAGAUACUCUCAAAAUGGUUGAGAAGAAGAGAAAGGAAUAUGAGGAGAAAAGGAAGGAGCAAGGAGAGGCCACAACCUCUGUUAUGUUCAGUCAUCUGCCUCCUCAACGAAGAAUAGCUGGUGAAGAGGAAUUAAAGCCAGAGGACUCUGUUUAUUAUCACCCUACUUUGAACCCCACUGGUGCACCACCGCCUGGAAAGCCACCGAUGUAUCAUUCAUCCAUAGGAACUAGAAUCUCCUCAGAUGGUGCUUCAUCUAGCAGUGCUGCAUUGUCUUCUAUUACCGAGUCAGAAGACUCCGCAUUGGUUGCUCCUCCUCCACCUCCUCCACUGCCUCCUCUACCGGAUGGGACUAAUGCCUUAACUACUUCUUUGCCGCUUCCCCCUCCACCUCCUUUGCCACCAACUACAGGCCUUGCUUUACCCCAUCCACAAUUUCCACCACCUCCCCCGGGUCCCCCACCAAAAGAGCAUGAUAUGGCUCUUGUUCGUCCUCCUCUUCCCCCACUCCCUCAAUCUUCCCAACUCCCUCCUCCUGGUCUAAGUGGAAGUGAAGGCGAUGGUAGGUUCCCUGAAUCAUCAGUUCAAACCUUCGACGAGGGCAAGAAUGCUAAUAUAAUUUCCAUCCCUCCACCUCCACCACCUGCCCUUCCCUCCAUGCCUCCAAGCAACGAAUCUGAGACUGGUCCCCCAGAACCUAACUCCAGUAGUUUUCCAAAUUCUAGCCUAUCUCAGAUGGUUGCACCACCACCACCACCACCUCUACAUCAGCAACAUCAAUCAACAUUUCCAGGACCUGCGGCUUCAAUGAGUAAUUUUCAACAUGAUGGUCUUAUGCCUCCAGGAAUGAUGCGUUUUCCGCCUCCACCACCUCCACACGAUAUGCAUCCUCCCCAUCCUGGAAUGUACGGUGGUCAUCUAAUCCCGAGGCCACCUUAUGGCCCACCACCUGGACCACCACCUAUGAUGAGACCGCCACUUCCCCCGGGACCACCACCGUCUAGUUUUGAAGAUAGUCAAGCAAUGAUGAGGCCAUAUGUACCAAGCAAACCAUCUUAUGUAAAAUCCGCUGCUCCUACUGUUGUCAGGAGACCACUAGCUCAACACACACCUGCGCUUACAUCCAUGGUACCUGCCUCGGUUCGAGUCAGGAGAGAAACCGCAGCUGUAACCAAACCAAAGCCAAAGACUUCGGUAGCCACGAGCUUAAGUUUUAAACCAAGAGCUAUGGUGACUUCUGCUGCACCGGUGAAGGUAGAGCCAACCAAGACAGCUGCAACGUCAAAGCCACAGAGCAUUGACGAUUCUUACUCUGCUUUCUUAGAAGACAUGAAAGCUCUUGGAGCACUUGAUGGAUAGGCUUUGGGAUUUAUGGCCUUUCAAAAACGUUGUUGUUGUUCUUUGAACAUAAUAAACAUGCUGACACUUCUGUCUCGAAAACUAACUCAUCUUUUUCAGUUUGGAGCAAUACAUUGUUUGAAAACAUUUUCUAAAGUAGAAAUGCUGUAGCAUUCAAGAGAA